AUGACUUUGAAAUGCUCAGAUUGCGGAAAGUUACUUUCCUCAGUCGAGAUGGCAGAGUUCCAUGGCGUCAAGUCGGGUCAUGAAAACUUUGAAGAAACAGAAGAAGAGAUUCGACAACGUUCUCCUGAAGAAAUCAAAGCAGCUUUGGAGGAAAUGAAACAGAAGGCUGAAGCAAAGAAGAAACAACAGGAAGUUCUAGAACAGGAAGAAAAAAAGAAGAACUUAAAGAUUCUUCAAAAGUCCACCUACGAAACUGCUGAAGCUAAGCGAAAGCUCCAAGAUCAAGCACGUCUUCGUGAGUUACAAAAGAUGCGCCAACAAAAGCUUGAAGAUCAAGAACAACGGAAAAAAAUUUUGGCUGAAAUUGAAGCAGACAAAAAGAGACGUUCUACUACUGCUUCAUCAGCUACGAAACCAACUUCUUCUACCGAGGUCCCUGAAAAGCCACCAGCUACCUCUUCCUCUGCUACAGCUACUCAAUCCACUUCUCGUGCUCCUCCUUCUUCAGGUCGAUUCUCCGUUCGCCAUCAAGGGCAAGUGUGUAAUCUUGUCAUACCUGCAGAGCAAACUCUACGAGAUGUCGCACAGCAGGUCUCUGAAAAACUUCACGUCCCUAUACCUUCUGCAUUUACGACAACCUUUCCUCGCGCAACUUACAAAGAUGAAGCUUUUGAGCGUCCCAUUUCUCAGUUAAAAGAUAUUUUUCCUUCGGCUGUACUACUGCCAAGUUGGCAAUAA